AUGCUCGCAUUCCCUUUUCUUGUGGGGAUAUCGUUGCUUGUCCUCCUCCCUGUCGUACUAGGCGCAGAGGACUACUAUAAAAUUUUGGGAUUGGACAGAAAAGCUUCUGAGCGUGAUAUAAAAAGAGCUUACCGGACUCUUAGUAAAAAGUUUCAUCCGGAUAAAAAUCCGGGAAAUGAUUCUGCGCAUCAAAAAUUUGUCGAUAUAGCGGAAGCGUAUGAUGUUUUAUCCACAUCGUCGACAAGAAAGAUCUAUGACCAGUAUGGACACGAGGGGCUCCAGCAGCAUAAGCAAGGCGGAGGCCAGAGACAUGACCCGUUCGACUUGUUCUCCCGGUUUUUCGGAGGAGGUGGACAUUUUGGUCACUCUCCCGGCCAGCGUCACGGGCCUAAUAUGGAAGUUCGGCUUGCGGUUACUCUAAAGGAUUUUUAUAAUGGCCGGGAUGCACAGUUUGAAAUUGAAAAACAACAAAUCUGCGAUGCAUGUGAGGGAUCGGGAUCUGCCGAUGGCGAGGUCGAGACUUGCGAUCAGUGUGGGGGCAGGGGGGCGGUGAUUAAGAAACACAUGUUGGCUCCAGGAAUCUUCCAGCAGAUUCAAAUGCAGUGUGACCAGUGUGGCGGAAAAGGGAAGAAGAUACGGCACCCAUGUCCUGUUUGUCAUGGACAGCGAGUUGUGAAAAAAUCUGUACCCUUGUCAGCCAUGAUAGAGCGGGGAAUGCCCAAGGGAUCUAAAAUAACAUUUGAAAAUGAAGCUGACGAAAGUCCUGACUGGGUUGCCGGCGAUCUGAUUAUCACGCUCGACGAGAGGACCCCUACGACCUUUGAAAAGGAGGACCGGACUGAUGGGAUGUUCUUCCGACGGAAAGAUAAUGACUUGUUUUGGAGAGAGGUCCUCAGCCUCCGAGAGGCGUGGAUGGGAGACUGGACGCGCAACAUUACACAUUUGGACGGACAUAUUGUCCAGUUAAGUCGGAAGCGGGGCGAAGUGGUUCAACCUUUUGCCGUUGAAACUGUGAAGGGUGAAGGUAUGCCAAUUUGGCACGGAGGUCAUAUGCAUGAUCAUGAACACAGCGAUGAGUUUGGCAAUCUCUUUGUUGAGUACACUGUUGUUCUUCCAGACCAGAUGGAGAAAGGAAUGGAAAAGGACUUCUUCGCUCUAUGGGAGAAGUGGCGCAAGAAGAACGGCGUGAAUCUAGAUGAGGAUAGCGGCAGGCCCACAACAGCUACUCCCAAGGACGAAUUGUAA